GUCAAGGUGAGGCUGUCAAAGUAAAGAUUUCCGGGGAUGGUGCUCGCAUGACGAGAAACUCAAAUUUCAUUUUGAUGAGCUUUGCAUUAGUAGAAUCAGACCAUGAUGCAAUGGCAGCAAAAGGCAACCAUACUAUAGGGGUUGUUAAUGGGAAAGAAGACUACGAAACAUUGAAAACAUGCUUUAGAGACAUACUCGCUGACAUCGACAAACUAGUGGAAGAAAAGAAUAUAAAAGUGAAUGGAAAGCAAAUCAAUUUGGAUUUCUUCUUAGGUGGUGAUUAUAAUUUUUUGCUCGUGUUGAUGGGUCUUAGUGGUGCGACAUCCAAUCAUGCAUGCUUAUAGUGCAAAGUGCACAAAGAUGAACUAUGGAACAUGUUGUAUAACAUUCAGUACUUCAACUCACCGGAAAUGAAGAGGGAUUUAAAGGAUUUGAGGGAAUCAGCAGAAAAGAAAUCAGGAAAUUACUGUUGUGUGAAUCCUCCACUGCUCAAUAUAGAAUUAGACCAUAUCAUACCAGAUGAAUUGCACUUAUUACUUAGAAUAAUGGAUGUUUUAACUGGGAAUUUGGUGGCUGAUGCUGUAGAAUGGGAUAGGAGUGACAACUGGAAUAAGAAGAAAAGUGAACGAAAAAAUACUCAUGUAAUUGAACUGACAGAAACAAUAAGAGCAUGUUGGUAUUUCUUUCGACAUAUGGGAGAAGACCAAUGCUGA